AUGGCCCCCAGCGCCGUGCUGCCCGAGAGCCCUCCCGCCGCCGAGAGCUACUGGUCGCGGCUCAAGAACGCCGUGACGGGCAGCUCGACGGGCCCCCCCCUGCCCGAGCUGAGCAGCAGCCACGCCGCCAGCGGCAGCACGGCACCGGACCACGCCGACCCGCCGCGCCAGCAGCAGCAGCAGCAGCAGCAGCACACCCCGAUCGCCAUAGUGGGCAUGGCAUGCCGCAUGCCGGGCGCCGUAUCCUCGCCCGCCGAGUUCUGGGAGCUUCUUGCCCGAUGCCGGUCGGGCUUCGGGCCCAUCCCGGCCGCGACGCGCUUCGACCCGGCCGCGUUCCAGCACCCGGUCCCCGGGCGCGGCGGCUGCUUCACGCCCGCGGGCGGCAGCUUUCUGCAGUGCGACGUGCGGGCCUUUGACGCGGCCUUCUUCGGGCUGACGGAGAAGGAGGCCGUCGCGCUCGACCCGCAGCAGCGGCUGCUCUUGGAGUGCACCUUUGAGGCGCUCGAGAACGCGGGCAUGCCGAGGCACGCGAUCGUGGGCAGGGACGUCGGCGUGUUCGUCGGCGGGUCGUUCCCGGAAUACGAGAGCCAUUUGUUCCGGGACAGCGAUGCCAUCCCCGUGCACCAGGCCACGGGCUGCGCGUACGCCAUGCAGUCGAAUCGCAUCUCGCACUUCUUCGACCUGCGCGGUCCCAGCUUCACGUCAGACACGGCUUGCUCGUCCAGCAUGGUUGCCGUGCAUCUGGCCUGUCAGAGUCUACGGGCGGGGGAGUCGAGCGCCGCGCUCGUGGGCGGCUGCCACCUUAACAUGCUUCCCGAGUUUUGGAUCUCGUUUUCGACGUCCAGACUCCUCUCCGACACGGGCCGCUCGAUAGCCUUUGACAACCGCGGCACCGGCUUCGGGCGCGGCGAGGGCUGCGCCAUGAUGGUCCUCAAGCCCCUGGACCAGGCCGUGCGCGACAAGGACGCGAUCCGCGCCGUCAUCGUCGGCACGGGCAUCAACCAAGACGGCCGCACGCCCGGCAUCACCACGCCCAACGGCGCGGCGCAGGAGGCCCUGAUGCAGCAGGUGUACCGCAAGUUCGGGCUCAGCCGGCGCGAGUGCGGCUUCGUCGAGGCGCACGGCACCGGCACGCGCGUCGGCGACCCCAUCGAGGCGAGGGCCAUCUACAAGGCCCUGGGCAGGGGCCGGGCGCGCCGGGAUCCGCUGCUGAUCGGGUCCGUCAAGUCCAACAUUGGGCACCUGGAGGGCGCGUCGGGCAUGGCCGGCCUGCUCAAGGCGGUGCUGAUGAUGGAGAGGGGCUUCGUGCUGCCAAACUGCGACUUCAAGGAGCCGAACCCGAGCAUACGCUGGAGGGAGUGGAACCUCCGCGUCCCCACCAUGCAGACCCCGUUCCCGCCGGACAAAAAGUACAUCAGCGUCAACAACUUUGGCUUCGGCGGCACCAACGGCCACGUCGUCAUCCAGGCUGCCCCCUACGCCGCCAAGGAGGAGCUCUCCAACAACCUGCCGGAGAAGCAGCACCGCAUGUUUGUCUUUACCGCCAACGACAGGGAGUCGCUGGCCGCUGUGAUGCAGGGCGUCGUGGUUUAUCUCGAGCGGCGGCCCGAGGUCUUUGAGGGCGCCCUGAUGCGCAACCUCGCCUACACCCUCGGCCAGCGCCGCUCGCUGCUCCAGUGGCGGGCGGCGAUCCACUCGAGACACUCCCUGGAGCUGAUCGAUGGCCUGAACGACAAGCGGGCCGUGGUCCGCCGGGAGUCAGAGGCCGUCCGCCUCGGCUUCGUCUUUAACGGGCAGGGUGCCCAGUGGUGGGCCAUGGGUCGAGAGCUGUACGAGCAAUACCCUGUGUUUGCCGCCAGCAUCGACUUGGCGGACGGUAGCUUGGCGGAUCUGGGGGCGACCUGGUCACUGGUGGAUGAACUAGCAAAGGACGAAGAAACAACGCGCGUCGGCGAGGCGCACAUCAGCCAACCGGCUUGUACUGCCAUCCAGCUCGCACUUGUAGACCUUCUUCGAGGAUGGGGUGUACACCCGACAGCAGUGGCUGGACAUUCGAGUGGAGAAAUUGCGGCGGCCUACUCUGCGGGCAUCAUCACGUUCAAAUCAGCAAUGUCGAUUGCGUAUCACAGGGGUCGCUUGAUACCGAUGCUAAAGGAGCAAUUUCCGGCACUGCAGGGCCGCAUGAUGGCGGUAGGAGGCAGCAAAAGUGACGUCCAGGGUAUGAUCGACGGCCUAUGCGAGAAACAGGUGCGGAUUGCCUGUUUCAACAGCCCAUCGAGCUUGACCAUAUCUGGCGACGAGCCUGCUCUGGCCGAGCUCGAGAAGGUGGUCGAGGACAGGCAAAUGUUCCAUAGACGACUUGUGGUCGACGUAGCCUACCACUCCCAUCACAUGGAUCUGGUCGCGGAGGAAUACCAAGCAGCGUUAGCACAUCUUCCAGACCCCAGCCGCUCGACAGGGGUCAAGUUCUACUCAUCUCUGUACGGACGCCUGGCUGAAGGUUCCGAGCUGCGGGCGAGCUACUGGGUCGAGAACCUGACCUGCCCGGUGCGGUUCAGCGAGGCAGUGGAGAACAUGCUGGAGCCGUCCGAAACUUCCAAAACAGGCGUCACCGCUCUGGUAGAGCUCGGUCCCCACUCUGCGCUGCAGGGCCCGAUCAAGCAGAUCCUCAAGGCCGUGGGCGGAGCAGCGACUGCCGUGACGUACGACUCGGCCCUCGUUCGAAAGAAAGACGCCGUCGACACCCUGAUGGACCUCGGAGUGUCCCUGUUCACCAAGGGCGUGAACCUCGACUUUGAGGCCGUCAACUUCCCCAAGCCCGACAAGGAGCCGACUCUGCUGACCGACCUGCCCAACUACCCCUGGAACCACCGGACGAGAUACUGGCAGGAGUCACGGAUGACGACGCGGCACAAGCAGCGGCCCCAUCCUAGGAGCGACCUCCUGGGCGUCGAGGCCAUCUACUCUACCGACGUGGAGCCGACCUGGCGAAACAUUUUGCGCAUCGACGAAGUUCCUUGGCUGCGCCAGCACAAAGUCCAGGGGCUGGUGGUGUAUCCAUUCGCCGCGUUUGUUGUCAUGGCGUUGGAGGCGGUGGCUCAGAGAGCGGCGUCGCAGAGCCGGCAGGUUGAUAGUCUGGAGGUGCGGGAUGUUACCAUCGUCAAGCCGCUGGUUGUCGGUGAUGCAGACGUUGAGAUCAUCACGGCUCUACGGUCGACUCAAGAAGGCGGAGAGGUCCUUGCUGGUUCCUGGAACAGAUUCCGCAUCUCUUCCUACUCUCCGGAUGCAGGUUGGACCGAGCACUGCGUUGGGCUGGUCUCUGCCCGUGCCAAAGAGAUCAACGAGGUCGAUGGAGAUCGCGAGGUGGCAGCCAGAGAAGAAGAGCUGCAGUCCAUCAUGGAUUCCAUGGAGAGCCCCGGAACCAGCAUUGUCCAAACAGGGUCCAUGUACUCCAAGAUGGCAAAAGCUGGCGUUGACUUUGGGCCAUUGUUCCAAGGCUUGCAAGACUGCAGGGCAAGCGAGACGCACUCCUCGGGUAAUAUUCCCAUACCCGACGUUGCCAAAGAGAUGCCCCAAGGAGUACUGGCAUCUCCCAUCAUACACCCAUGCCUGCUCGAAUCCCUCAUAGCCAUGUACUGGCCAAUCGUGACAUCUGGAGACGCGACAGUCAAGACGGUAUAUCUUCCAUCAUCACUCGGCAAGAUGUCCAUCACCACGGAUGCUAUUAGGAUUUGCAAAGAACCAGACCACUCAUUGUUGGCUUACUGUCAUGCCAACUCUCCAAGUGGGCUUUCGCGGCCACUCAAGGUCAAUGCAUUCGCCACUAAUAGCACCAACCCAAAGCGAGCCUUGAUUGCGAUCGAAGAGCUUGUCGUCUCACCCAUCGUUGAUAGUGGGGCCGAGGCAGCGGUAGAUGUCCCUCGGGAGCUCUGCUACAAAAUCCAGUGGGAGCCAGUCUCGGACCUGGUUGAUCCCGUUGCUUCCCACACUGACAAUUCGACAGCGAGAAACGGACAAGGUAUUCCAAGCCACUUCUCAUCACUAUCUGUCGCAGUCGUCCACGACAAGUCUGAACUGCAAAACUCCCUUGCCUCUACGCUGAGUGUAGACAUCAAAGCUCUCAUAGGUAACACCCCUGACGUUUGCAGCCUGGAAGACCUAGAGCCAGACGGGAAAACUCUGAUCGUGCUCUGCGAGCUAGACAGACCAAUGCUGUCCCAGCUUUCAGAAGCAAAGUUCAACCUGCUCAGGAACGCGCUCACCAAAGCAAAAAGCUGUCUUUGGGUCGUCCGCGGUGCCUAUGCAAGCUCGAGCAACCCUGAAGCAAACAUGAUCUCGGGGUUGAGCAGGACCCUAAGGUCCGAGACUGCCAUCAAGUUUGCGACCCUGGAUCUCGACGGAGAUGAUGAAAUCUCGGCAGAUCAUGCAACCGCAGUGGUCCUCCAGGUCUUUGAGCGCGUCUUUGGUGUCGGAUCGACCCCAACCUCUGAGCUCGAGUUCACGGAGAGGGGUGGUCGGCUGUUGACUCCGAGGGUGGUCAACGACGAGGACAUGAACGCAUACGUCCACAGCGAGACAUGCUCAUCCGUCUUGGAGGACAGGCCAUUUGCAAACGGCGACCGGCCAUUGAGGCUAGCCGUUACAGCGCCAUCCUCAACUGAGUCCCUACAUUUUGUGGAUGACAUCGCGAAUGGGACACUGGAUGACGACAAUGUCGAGAUCGAGGUGAAGGCCAUCGGGAUGAACUCUAGGGAUAUCAUGGCAGUAAAAGGCCAGACCGAUGACGAGGCUGGUUAUGAAAUAAGUGGGACCGUCAUCGCCGUUGGCGCGAGUUGCAGGGACGUCGAGGUCGGGGAUCAUGUGUGCGCAUUGGUUCGAGGCGGCUACGCCUCUCGGGUGCGAACGAAAGAGAUGACAGUCAUGCGGGUGCCAAAGACAAUAUCCUUCGACGAGGCAGCUUGUCUACCACUGGCGUACUGCACGGCAUACUACGGCCUCUUCGAUCUAGGCCGCCUGGAGAAGGGGGAGAGCGUGAUGAUACAUGGUGCCGCCAGCCCUGUUGGCCAAGCGGCAAUUUGCCUGGCGCAGGAGCACGGCGCCAAAAUGUUUGCGACUGUCAGCACCUCGCAAGAGAAAGAGCUGCUGAUGAAGGAAUAUGGGAUCUCCGAGCAUCAAAUAUUUAGCAGCAAGAUCAGCGGACUUGGGCCCAAGAUUCGAGCGGCUACAUGCGGUAGGGGCGUCGAUGUUGUACUGGAUUCUUCAGCAGGUGACGCCGUGACGGAAGCGUGGGAGUGCUUGGCCAAGUUUGGCAGACUUGUUAAUCUCAGCAACAGAGACAGCAGUCGAGGAGCACGAUGGGACAUGGCGGAGAGGAGCAAGAACUUGAGCUACGCCUCGGUCGACAUUUGCGCCCUAGCCGAGGAGAAGCCUUCCGUCAUCAGGCGUGUAUUGGCCAAGCUUCGUAUGCUCCUCGAGUCUGGAGCAAUGCGCCCGCCUGGGCCCAUCCACAAAUUCCCCAUCUCAAAUCUUGAAAGCGCUUUCAAGACCCUGCAAACAGGACGAUUGCUAGGAAAGAUUGCGGUAGUGGCAAAUACUGGAGACCAAGUCAAGGCAACUCGAUCGCGACGUGCAAGCAACUUGCUCAGACCAGAUGCCACUUACGUCCUAGUCGGUGGCACUGGCGGUCUCGGCCGGAGUAUGGCGCGAUGGAUGGUGACCAAUGGGGCUCGCCACAUUGCCCUGGUUUCCAGGAGUGGAAUGGUAUCCGACAAUAUUACUGAGCUCAUCGACGAAGGGAUCCAAGUCGGGGCAGAGAUCGUCGUGCGCAGGUGCAAUGUCGCCAUCAAGGCCGAUGUGGAAUCGUUAAUCUCCGACGGCCUGCGAGGGAUGCCCACGGUUCGUGGGAUUGUUCAUGGAACCAUGGUUCUUCGGGACGUUCUGUUCGAAAACAUGACAUGGGAAGACUACACCACAGUCAUCCAAGGCAAAGUCCAAGGUGCAUGGAACCUCCACCACGCGCUCCGAGACACCCCGCUGGACUUUUUCGUCGCGCUGUCCUCAGCUGCGGGCAUGGUUGGCAACAGGGGCCAGGCGGCCUACGCGGCGGCCAACUGCUUCCUGACAGCCCUGGUCCAGCACCGCCUGGCCCGCGGGCUCCCCGCUUCGUCUCUGGACCUGACCAUGGUGACCGACUCGGGCUACCUGGCCGAAAACGAAGAAAAGCUGGCCGAGGUCGCCAGAAACCUGGGCGGCGACGGCAUCCGUGAGCGCGAGGUCCUCGCUCUCCUCCGCGCGGCCAUCAGCGGCCGCCUCGCCGAGACGUGCAACAACCACACCGUCACGGGCAUGCGCAUCACCCCGGCUGUGCAGCCGUUUUGGACCUUGGACGCCAAGUUCAAGCACUUGCGGCUGGCAAUGGAGGCCCAGCUCGAGCAAGCCAACCCCUCAGCAGGCACCGGUGGUGUAGUGUCGUUCGGGGCGGCGUUGAAGGCGGCCAAGACAGCCGAGGAGGCGGAAGGGGUGGUUUGUGCCGGGCUGGUUGGCAAGAUUUCGGCUGUGCUGAUGCUGGAGGCGGAGGAUAUGGACGUGACACGGUCGUUGACGCAUUACCAUCUCGACUCGCUGGUCGCCAUAGAGAUCCGGAACUUUAUCGCGCGCGAGUUCGAAGCCAGCAUGCAAGUCAUGGAGCUGCUGGCCAGUGGAUCGAUUCUGUCGCUGGCCAAGAUGGUCUGUGGAAAGAGCAAGCUGGUUUCAGUGUAG